UAACCACUCACAGGGCUCGGUGGUGGUUUUGGGAGGAACUUCCCCCGGCAAAAGACGCUUGGGGUUCUCUGCUUUGUAGAGGAACUUGUCGCCGGAAAUAAUCUGUUGAUCGGAAAAAUUCUCUUUAUAUAUUCUUGGAUUUCUUCAUUAUAUCUUUUUUAUCCAGUUUUGUUGCGGAUUCAUCGAAGUAACUUGUUCGCACAUAUCAUCACAUCGAUUAGGAAGUUUUAGAAUCACAAGGUUUGGACUCUGGAGCUCAGUUGUCUGCGAAUCUCCUUCGAAGAGGCAAACUAGGGUAUCUUUUUAACUCACCCGUGGAGCUCCGGUAUCUUUAGUUAUCAUAUAGCAGAAAUUAGGAGAUGGAAGGUCCCGAUCGAGUAGACGAUCGGACAUUUAGGGUUAAUUUGAGCGGCGACGGAGCGGCUAGGCUGCGUGAGAGAGUGAUGGAUAAGCUGAAGGAAUUCAUGGGAGAUUACACUGACGACAUUCUGGUGGAAUAUGUCAUUGUCUUACUGAGGAAUGGCAAGCGCAAGGAUGAGGCAAGGAAUGAGCUGAAUGUAUUUUUGGGGGAUGACACUGAUUCUUUUGUGUCAUGGCUCUGGGACCAUCUCUCUUCAAAUUUACAUUUGUAUGUUCAACCUUCGGUACAUAAUCAAGAAGAAGUUGCCGAAGUGAAACCAAUAUUUGGGGAAGAUUUCACAAGCAAUAAUCCUCAGCCGUUGGAUUCUGAACCUGAAAGAGAAAAAGAUACUAAGGAAUCUAGAAGCCGACGGAAUAAGGAAUGGAAAGGACUGGUAAGAGAGGUUGAUGAACCUCCUCCUCUUCGAAGCUCUGAGGUUGAAAGUAUCCAUCCAGAGGAGAAAAUUCAUCAGAAAUCUGGUCGUGUGAAGCGAUCUCGUUCUCCCAGGCCUUUGGUCAAUGCAAAACGGAGUCGACAAGAAGAGGGACAUCAAACUAAGAGAGAGGUAACUUCCCAUCCAUCUAUUAAUGCUCCUCGUCGGCUGCUUCAAUUUGCUGUAAGGGAAGCGGUCGGUACUUUAUGGCCAUCAAAUUUAAGAACAGAGGCAUAUUCGAAGCGUCUUCGGUCUGUGGUUUCUACGUCAACAGUAGAUUCAUCGACAGAUGAGCAACCUCAGAGGAUAAAAUCUGUUGCAAGGGUGCCAAAUGCAAUGACAACUGCAAUCAAAGCUGCAGCAGAAGCUGCUGAAGAUGUAGUUAAGGUUAGAUGUUCAGGGAAUGUGUUUGACCGUUUGGGUCAUAGUAUGGACGUUUCACGGGUGACCGACCAAUUGACUGAUUUUGGGCCAACAAACACAAUGGAAACAGAUUUGGAUCAGACUCGAGGCCUGACUAACACAGAUUAUGUUCAAAGACAUGAAUACAAUAAAAAACUCAACGGGAAUACGGCAAUAUUGGACAGGAAUACAGACUUGGCUUCUGAUUCUGCAUCUGAUAAUGAUGGGUAUGAAGAUAUCAAUGUUGUGGAUCGGGGGGCCAGAGAUGCUUCUCAGACCGGUGCAUCUAGUGGGAAGGAGAGGGAUUCACUGACAGUGCAGUACAGUGUAGCCAAGAACAAGGAUGAGGUUGCAAGAAAAAAAUGGAUGCAAGAUCAGGUUCCUCCUAAUACAGUCACAAACACAUCUCGUAAGAUUGUGAAUAUCUCUGUGAAUGUGAACACAUGGAAACCACCACAUUACCAGGCACCAAGGGAGAUUGCAGAAAUUGAGAACCGUAAAGCUGUUCAGGAGAGUGAGGUGGUUGCAGGUAAACCUGGUGCUCAGGUCUCAAAGGAGAAUAACAACAACAUUGUGGCUGGUAAUGAACAUGAAUCAUCCAUUACACAUACUCAGAGAGAGUCUCUGAAGACUCUGUCUACCACCCCUGGUUCAUAUACUACAGGUCGUCCUUCGGAAGAUGCUGAAUUUCGGACCAUCUUCGUUAGCAAUGUUCAUUUUGCAGCCACCAAGGACGCCCUUUCCCGGCAUUUCAAUAAGUUUGGGGAAGUUCUAAAAGUUGUUAUUGUGACUGAUGCAGCAACUGGGCAACCAUUAGGGUCGGCUUAUGUGGAGUUUAUGCGCAAAGAAGCAGCUGAGAAUGCCAUGUCUCUGAACGGCACCUCUUUUAUGUCACGCAUUUUGAAGGUUGUCAAGAGAGGUUCUGCCAAUCAAGAAACUGCUUCUGUGAUGACUCGGCCUCGCAUGCCCCGAGCAUCUCCUUUUGCUGCUAGGCUUGCAAGAGUUCCUUUUACAAGGGGCAUCCCGGGUGCAUUCAGGGUUCGCCCUCCAAUCAAACCUGGUGCCCGGAGCUUGCAGUGGAAGAGAGAUUCCCAAACCACAACAGCUGGGGAGGGCAGUGCAAGUGUCCAGCAUGGAGUCACACCCUCCAACAACAAUGUUCCAUCUGCUACCCGGAGUCUCACCUAUAUUCGUACAGGACCUAACAAGUCAGAAGGGAGUUCUGCACCUGCUCCCGCCCCUGCUUAAUUUGUCAGUGUUUUCCUGGCUGGCUGCCCUGAUUACGUUCAGAAUGUCACUUCCAUGGUAAGAAGCCAAAUUCAGAUAACAAUUAUCUUGAUCCUUGCAUCAUCAAAAUCAGUUGUUUUAAGAUUUAUACUGGGUU